CCCCCAACCUUCUCCUCCCGCCGCGCCGCAAAUGACGCCGUCUUCCGCGAAAAACUCCAACAAAUGGCGCUUCCCCUCGCGUCACUGGUGCAACUCAGCACAGGCGAAGUGCACCCACGCUUCCCUGGCACGCUGCUCAAUUUCUGGCUGCUGACCGACGCUGAGCUCGAGUCCCUAGCGCACUUCUACCACCAGCGCACACCGAGCCGGUGGACGUUCCACUACCCGUGUCCCAUCACAUGGAGCAGUGAUCUAUCGCUCGAGGAGAAGCGCCGCAAAAUCGGGAAGUUUAUUGGGCUGAGGGGGUGUGAGAGUCCUGUG